AUGGCUUACAUUGAAAAUGUCCUUGGAGGGGUCGCCCCUUCACCCAUAGCAGUAGCUGCAGAUGAAAAUAGGAUCUGGGAGGCAUGCCUCAAUGCACACCUCCAGCAUCUGAGUUCCACGCUGAAGGAUGAUGUGGGGUUCUGGGGCCCCUCUCCUGUGCUGUUGUGACCUCCCUUCAAUGUGCUGACUGAUCUGGCAAAAGAGCAACUGGAGCACCCCUGAGAGAGAAUAGGAUCCUGCAUUCCUGUCUACAGUGCCAGAGCUCUCAAACAACCCGAUAGAUCACCACUUGCUCUUGAGGAAGAGUCCCUAGUAAAAGUGAAAGUAAGUAGCUCUGAGGGCUUGGCAGGCAGGAGGCAGAUUGGAUACCGUUCUAUUAAUGUGUCCCAAGAAUUCUCUGAAAGCCCUCCUGCAUUGAUGGUAGGGGAAAGCGUCAGUAAUGGGGGCACUGAAAGAGGUGGAAAUAAUGCAAGGUUAUAUGUGGCUUUGCCACGAUGUCAAGGAUUAUUUCCAAAAGUAAGAGGUCCUCCACAUAUCCCCACCAUUAGAACCGCGAUAAUGAUAGAGCUGCUACCAGGAAAUACCAGAAUGGCUGGUAAUGAAAGGCUGGCUCAUGUUUCUUUCCCACUAGGAGGUCCCUGGCACCCUGUGGAGAACUGGCCAAGGCUUAUAUACUUGGCUUCCAGUACUUCAGGUUUGCCUUCCUGUGCUACUGCUCAUUGCUUCAUACCUCCUCGACUUCUGAGUUUCAAUCCAUUUCUCACUAUGCCUAUUGCUUUUGCUCCUCCCCCGAUAUUCAGUCUUCUACUCCUUUCUAUUUUGCCAAUUUGCCUUACUGGGUCAUGCCAGUUCCUGCAUCCUCAAAGAGAAAGAAAAUCUGAUGUCUUGGAAUCCCCUGCAUCUCUUCAGCCGCGGAUGCUGGCUAAGUUGCCGCGGAUACUGGCUAAGUUUCCACAGGCGCAGAUGCGGGCCGCGUCUCCACAGCUGAAGGUGCAGGCCCUUCUCCACAGCCACAGGUGCAGGCCACAUCUCCACAGCGGCAAAUGCUGCUGUGUCUCCACUCCGCUCCAUUCCCGCUUACCCCGCUCACCCAAUUUUCCCACCUUCAAGUUAUCCUUGCAGGAGUCUCUUAGCUCUUCUGCGUGA